AUGCCAACACCGUACAAGGCGCCGACGAGCGCGCAGGCCGACGCAUCGUACCACCCGCACGGCUUUGACGAGUCCGCGUCGCUCCGCCGCGCGCGCAGGCCAUACAUCAUCCGCAACGUGCUGACCGGCGGCGCGAUCGUCGCAUUCAUCGUCGGCGUGUACGCGUACUCGAUUUCCGCCGUCAAGCAGGACGACUUUUCCGACGUUGUUGACCUGCUCCCCCCUGAGGCGGAGCGCGCGGCCAUCCGCUCAAUCGAGGACGAGGCGCGCGAGAAGGCGCUCGCGUCCGAGCCUGCCGUCGCUGUGGCCGAGAUCGAGGCCGCCGCGCCCACGCCUGCCCCCUCCUCGGUCCUGUCGUACCUCUCGCCCAAGCGCCUCUCCGAGGUCGACUGGCUCAAGAACCGCGGCUGGGUCGAGCACGGCAAGGAUAACCUCCUCGUCUGGGGCGCGCCGAGCGUCGACAAGAUCGGGUCCAUGAAGGACACCAAGGACGCCUCGGCCAAGCGCCAGGUCUAG